AUGAUUCACAACAACGGCAAAUCAGUUACCCAAGAAACUAAGCCUGCUCCUGUUCUUCGUCACCGCUGUGGCAGCCAUGAUGAUUACUCUGCCGAGUGCAGAUGUACCAGCUUUCAAAAUGUGAAACGGGGCGAAAUGUGCAAAGUUCCGGGAUCAACAGUUUCUCCCUCACCCCCAGGGACACCCACACCUAUACGUUUACCUCAUGCCAAGCCCGAUGUCUUCAGAGAGGUUCUUUUCUAUCUCUACACGGGAAAGGUGAUUUUACAGGACUGUACCGUUUUUGAAAGCUUAUCCAUUGCUCAGGAACUGGGAAUAGAAGAACUGCGCAUGUGCUGUGAGGACCAUAUUAACAGCACUUUGAACAUACAUAAUGCUUGUACUUUCUUGCCAGCGGCGUUAGAAAUGGAAAACAGAAUACCAGGCAACAAAGGAGGUCGAUCAUUUGUGGACAGAUGCACAGCUUUUAUUGGAGAAAAUUCUCUAGAGUGUGUGAAAACUUCUGCAUUCUUAAAUCUUCCAAAAGAAGCUUUGAUUCACUUAGUUUCUUCUGAUUAUUUAGCCAUGGAGGAAGAGGAUGUUUGGAGAUCUGUGUUAUCUUGGGCAAAACACCAAUCUGGCGUUACUCAACCUACAGCACAUUGGACAGAAGAAGAAAGAGCAAGAAUAACUCAACAAAUGUCUGGCGUCAUCAACCAUGUAAGAAUAUUGCUAAUAGAUAGCCAAGUUUUUGCAGAAGAAGUUGAACCAACUGGAGCUGUUCCAAUGGAGUUAUCUCUGGAAAGAUAUCGAUUUGCUGCUUUGCCCAACAAGUUUUCGCACUCUGAAGAUAAACGCAUCCAGCCCAGAACAUCAUUGAAAUUAUUUCAAGGCUCUCAGCUGCUGAGUGGGGAAAAGUUGCAUUUGCAAAGAGUAUUAAACGCAUGGUUUGGAAAUGCUAAGCAGAUGUGGCGCCUUUUGUAUCGGGCCUCUACCCAUGGAUAUACAGCUGAAGGCUUCCACUAUCACUGUGAUGGACACAGUCCUACUUUUGUCAUCAUUCUUGGUUCUCAUGGAGAGCUCUGUGGAGGAUUUAGCGAUGUUCCUUGGGGCAAAACUAGAGGACGUGGAAGAUAUGUAUCAUCAGAGAAAGCAUUUCUCUUCACUCUGAUCAACAAUGCUGAUGUUCCACCAACCAAAUUUGAUGUUGUCAAAAAAAUGUUUGCUAUUUCUCAUCAUCCAGACUAUGGUCCGAUAUUUGGAGCUGGAGCUGAUUUAUGCAUUUCCCAUAACUGCAAUGCAAACAUGGAGAGUUACUCUAAUCUACCACACUCGUAUGAUGGAGAGAACGCCUCUUGCACAGUAUUGAUGGGGGACUACAACUUCACUGUUCUGGAUUAUGAAGUCUUUACAACUUUGGGGAAAUAA